CUUUGCUACAGCAGGGCGGAGGCAGAGACGGAUGCGAGCUGAGAGUGAAGAGCUGCGCAGAGGUCGCCGACAAUUCCAUAAGGACGGAGAAUGCGGGCCAAGAGAAGUCUGUGCCUUUUUAUGGCUGUCAUGUUGCCAAUAUCCCUCCUCUGCCUUCACAUGUGGAGCAAGACUGAAAAGGUGGUAGCUGUCUGGAACAGAGAAGCCCCUGAGGAUGUACUGAAUAGCGGUCUAUUGCAUCCACUUAAAAAAUAUGCUGGGAUAUCCUUAAAAUGGAAUAAUGAAGUGCUACGACUCUUGCCGAAGAACAACUGCAGAUGUGAAGUGGAGGCAACUAUGAACUUUCCCUUCAGACAAGAGUUAUUAGGAAAACCUUACGCGGUGAACUUUACAGCAGAUAUGGAGCCUUCUGUGCUUGAACUGUACAAGAGAAGAGAGCUGGAACACAAAACAUUUAAGAUGAGAUCCUUUAGUCCAGCAGACAAGAUUAUUAUUGCAGAAGCUAAUUCUCCAUUGCAGUACCCUGUUCAGGGUGUGGAAGUCCGUCCUCUGAACACAAUACUCAUUCCAGGACUUAGUUUGCUGGAUCUCAAAAAGAAAAACUAUUAUGAGGUGAGCUUGUCAUGCAUCAUGGGAACCUUCAACAUAGCUGCAGAAGUGGACAGUGUCACAACAAAAGGCGCAGGAGAAAAACAAAUCUCGUUAUCAAGCCCCUUGUUGGAUAAUCUGAACCGUCAGCUUCAGUUAAUUUCUUAUACCAACACUGUAUUCCACCCAAACACUGUGGACACCGUCCAGUUUCAGAGUGGUGGGCAUACAACUACAUUUAUCAUUAAGGUCCGUCAUCCCAUCAUCCCGAAGCUAUAUGAUAUGGGACCGAGUAAAUCGAAGUACAAUAUCAGCGCCCUGGUCACCAUAGCAACUAAAACGUUCCUUCGCUAUGAUAAGCUGCAAGAUUUGAUUGAAAGCAUCAGGAAAUUUUAUCCGACGGUGACCAUAAUAAUUGCUGAUGACAGUGAGAAGCCGCAGAAGGUCGAGGGACCCUUCAUCGAACACUACAUCAUGCCCUUUGGGAAGGGGUGGUUUGCUGGUAGAAACCUGGCUGUCUCCCAAGUAACCACAAAAUAUGUGUUAUGGGUCGAUGAUGAUUUCCUCUUUUGUCCUCAAACAAAGAUUGAAAAACUAGUGGAUGUCUUGGAGCAGACAAGCUUGGAUCUGGUUGGUGGUGCUGUAAGAGAAAUUACCGGAUAUUACACAACAUACCGCCAAACGAUCAGUGUUCUCCCUGGAGACAAGGAAGGCGACUGUCUUAAGACCGUUCUGGGUUAUCAUCAUGUCAUCGACGGCUUCCCUAACUGUGUGGUGGCAGAUGGCGUAGUCAACUUCUUUCUGGCACGGACAGACAAGGUUUUAAAAGUUGGAUUUGACCCUCGGUUAUCUAGAGUUGCUCAUUUAGAAUUCUUCAUAGAUGGACUUGGCACCCUUCAUGUGGGCUCCUGUGAUGACGUCGUUGUUAACCAUGCCUCCAAAAUACACCUCCCGUGGUCCAAUACAAAAAGUGACAAAGCAUAUUCGAAAUUUCGUUAUCCCAAAUCCUUUUCCAAACCCAAUGUUCAACAUCUGCUCUUUUACUUCAAGAACCACUUCAAAUGCAUGACUGGGAACUGAAUGGUCUGUAAGGAAGUCUAGGGAAGGACCUGGGGCAGAUUAUUUUAUUUUGUACAAUAUCUAGAUGACUGGCUGCAUUCAGAAUCGGCGAUAUUUCUGGAGAAUAUUUCUACCAUCAGAUUCCUGGACCGCAAUGGG